UUGCUGUCAUACACACCUGUGCAUGUGUGUACAUACACGUACAUUCACAUACAUGUACUUGUACACAAAACCUCCCUCUCCCGCUGCACACCGACAAGGCGUGCCUGAGCCGUCUGGAAUCCCGUGUCCCGGCCAUCUAUCCCGCUGCCAUUGCUGUUGACCUUCCGACCCCAGUCUCCUAGCCUAAUUUAGGCUCUUGCCUGCCUCCUUCUCCUUGCCAAUACUUCCAAAUGUACACACACACACAUACAUACUUGUACCCAACUACGUACAUGAUCAAGCCAGUUCGACCCGUCGAUCUUACUGGUUCUUGUCGAUCUUGAGUCGACGUCCUAAAUUGGCCAGGGCGCACCCAAUGCCGCUCCCUAAUUUGACAACUGCAGCGCCCCCAAAAAGUAGUCGGUCCAUAGUUUUCCACAUAAGCGAGCUCUACCACCCACUCUUCCUCCGCCUCCCUGUCCGGCCUCUCGUCCUCUUCCAUCUUAUCGACCGAGACACAAUCAAACAGUCCAAGUCAUACAGUCGAUCCUUCGCCCCUCUUGGCUCCCUCCGCCAGUUCGUGAUUACUGACAUUGGCUGCGUCUCUUAUCUUUCCCAGGAUUCGAACUGCGUCUGGG